AUGACAGCCCUGAUGGCUGCUGAUCGCGGCAUCGAAACGAUUGACGACCAGGUGAGCUUUUCCACCAGCAGUGUGGGGAGCCCUUGCUGCGCAAAUGCAGUAGAGUUGAACCCGCCAUUUCCUUCCCCGAUGAGCGAGGUGGGGCACUGGAAGGUGGUCUUUGGCCAUAUCCCGUCCAAGAAUACGUUUGUGCACUUCUCGAAAUCAGUGCCGGGACAGUUGAAACGCUGCGCCUCGAGCCCCGGCCAGCUGCAGUCGGUAGAGGUGUCGGGAGGCUCGACCAGAGGCCUUGACCUUCCCGUCCCUUGGAGCCAUGGUCCAGCGCCUGCGCUCAAGAAGAAGGAGAAAGACCUAAAGCCGCAGAAGCUUCUAAACAAGGAGCUGAUCCUUGCUGCCUCCGGUCCUGAAGCAGCUUUUCAGGUGUUGCGGCUUGUGUCCUCAAAGCUGGCGGAGAUGAACGGGGUGAACGUGUCUACGGCACUCCACCGCAUUUGUCGGGCUUGUCAGGGAAGUCCUGAUAUGACCGAGCAAGUGAAGCACCAUGCCGACUUUCUGCGGCUUGUCCGCGCCGCAGAGAAGAUGUUGGCUCAGCCUGGCGAAAUGCCUGCGAAGUGUUGCACAGUCAUUGCCUGGUCAUUAGCGAGCCUUCGCUCCUUGCGAGCUUCGCUUUUUGGUCGGCUUGCCCAAAGUCUCGCCGUGUCGCCAGAUUUGAGCAGCUGCGAGCCCUACGAAAUCACGAACUUGCUGUGGGCCUAUGCGGUGCUGUGCAAGCAUCGUCGUCACAUGGAGACGGAGCUGUUGGCAGCCGUCCAGGUCUUGUCAGCGGCUGCGACUGACAUCCUCCUCUCGCAAGCUAGGACUUGGAAGACGCAAGUAAUCAUGUCCGCCCUUGUGUCCCUUGCGAUCCUCCCAUGGCAGAGCGACAGCCUCCAAGUCUUCUCCGUCAUGCUUGAUGAGCUGGCUGCACGGCAGGCCUGGCGAGCAUGA